UCCCUAAUGGUCAUUGUGUUAAAAACUCUUGAGUAAUGAACUGUUUUUCAGCACAAUUUGGUGAAAGCCCAAAAGGCUUCAGAAAUACUUGGUUUCCACAUCAUUAGGCGUUAGCUUUCUGGUUCUGUUGCUCGUUGAUACUUGUAUCGGUUGGCUCUGGUCUUGAGAGCGGCACGCAGCCUGGGAGACCGUGCCGCCAGUCAAGCGCUGUUUAGGGCUUGAACGCCCCACGAACAUCGCUUACAGGAAGAGGGUGCAGUGGAUGAGCAGCUGGACGCUGGUUAACGUUAGACCUAAAAACAGGGAGGGCAAUAUUGAUACAUUCUAAAUUAUGGAGUUAAGACGGACAAACCCAGCGUGCAAUUGUGUUUUACUAUGUGGAAUAACCUUAUGUCUUAUUUUCGGUAUAAAUCGAACAUUCGCUAUAGAGUUGUACGCCCCGGCGGAAGUGCUGGUUGAGAAUGGCACCACGGGGAUCCUCAAGUGUUCCUUCAAGUCCAGGGAAGUGAUCAGCAGUGCAGCCACAGUCACCUGGUCGUUUUGCCCGGCGGGAUCCGAUGCCGGAAGCGCUGUUUCCAUUUUCUAUUACACUUCUGCAAACCACUACCCAGGGAGUGUGGCUCAAUUCAAAGACAGGGUGAAAUGGGCGGGAGACCUGAACAAAAAAGAUGCCUCAGUCCAUUUAAUUGAGGCGCAGUUCAACGACAAUGGCACCUACUCAUGUGCCGUGAUUAACCCGCCUGACAUAUCUGGCACCGCCGCUCAGACACAGCUCAAGGUCGUCAUCAAAGAGUCUCUCCCUCAAGACAACACGGCCGUCGUAGUGGCCGCCGUCUGCGGCGCCGUCAUUGGGCUUAUCCUCAUCUCUGUGGUUACCUGCCUGAUCAUCAAGAGGCAUCAAACCACCCAUGAAUACGAAGGCUGCACGUCAGUGGAGAGUGUGAGCUCCCACGCCACACGCCCGGGGGGGAAGAAACCAGAGUCCAGCUUGGAGGGCUCCAGGUGUAGCAGCCACUCCACCCCGGUCCAGGUAGGAGCUACAGGACCGGUGAUAUACGCCCAGUUGGAUCACACAGGCACCAAGAACCCCAACUCAUUCCACAAGAUGGAGCCAGUGGUCUACGCUGACAUAAGGAAAAACUGAAGAGAACUGGAGACCAAAAUGGACAGGCCACCAUAGCUCGCUGCUUUGGGAUGGGUGGGUGGGGGUUGUUAUACAAGGUUAGAAUUUAUGCUGUUUUGAAAGAUUGUUUUUUUUUGUCAUUAAUUUGUCCUUUUGUCUGCUGAAAGCAUUCAUUGCAUGUUCAUGUGUGUGGUAAAACAGUUACGCUACCAAGGAUUAAUACAAUACAACACAGAGAUUAGAGAAGCACUGUCUUCAGAAAGUAUUCAUACCCCUUGAUGUCCUCCACAUUUUAUUCUGUUACAGCCUGAAUUCUAAAUGGAUAUGUUUUUUUGUUUUACCCAGCUACCCACAAUACCACAUGAUAGUGAAAACAUGUUUUUGUUAGUAAAUUUAUUGAAAAUGAAAUACAGAAAUAGUCCGUAUUCACACCCCUCUGUCAAUACAUGUUAGAAUCACCUUUGGCAGUUAUCACAGCUGUGAGUCGUUCUGGGUAAGCCUCUAAGAGCUUUACACACCUGAAUUGUACAGUAUCUGCACAUGUAUUAUUUACAAAUUCUUAAAUUUCUGUCAAGUUGGUUGUUGAUCUUUGCUAGACAGCCAUUUUAAGUUUUACCAUAGAUUUCCAAGCCCAUUUAAGUCCAAACUGCACCUAGGCCAAUCAGGAAUACUCAAUGUCGUCUUGGUAAGCAACUCCAGUGUAUAUUUGGCCUUGUGUUUUAGGUUAUUGUCCUACUGAAAAGUGAAUUAGACUCCUAGUGUCUGUUGGAAAGCAGACUGAACCAGGAUUUCCUCUAGGAUUUGUGCCUGUGCUUGGCUCUAUUCCGUUUGGCUCUAGGCCAAUGACACAAAAUCUCAAUAUAAUAUUUUUUAAAUUCAGGCUGUGAAUACUUUCUGAAGGCACUGUGCAUUAACUGCAUGUGUAGGAAGUGUAAAAUACAUAGGCUUUGGUUGUUAUUUUGUUUUACAAUCCAGGGACCAUGAUAACAUGUUAACCAUCAGCUCAGUCCCAACACAUUGGAUGUUAAAUUGAUGGUUUAGAUAUAGGAUAACUGAAAUGCAUUGGUGUUUUGUCUGCAAUCAAGUUGCCUUCACAAAAUUGUUACCUUGUAACAUUUAGAUUAACUCCAUAUAUCACACCGGUACACAGCCAUGGAAAGCCUCAUGGUGAAAUUACUUUGUAUUGUCCUAUAGGUUGGCACAUUGCAUUGAUAUAUCCAUGACUAAAACCCUACCUGCCACUGGCUUAGAAACUGAACUGUUAAAUGGAAACAUAGACAACUUUUUUUUACAUUGCUUUUAUUGAAUAGUUUACAUGUAAUUUAUUAAUUAAGCACAACUAAUUAUGACAAAAACCCUGUUUGACAUAUUUUCGUUUUGACAUCUGUUUUAGAUUUCGUGAUCAUGUGAGACUGAUAAUAUCAUGGGCCAAAUAUCUUCCAUUAACAACUCUACUUUGAUGUUUCACUGUGCUUUAAAUAUAUUCAAGGUUCACAUUAUAAGUCUUAUUUUAUGUUACAAAGUCAAAUGUUGCUAUUCCAAUGAGUCAAUCAUGUUUGAUGGAAGAGAUGCAUUAGUAGUCCGUUUAAAGAGCAACUGAACGUAAUAAGCAUCUUUCCCAUUUGAGAAGAGGCUAUGUGGCGUCUGAGUCAAACAUUUAUUUUAGUGUCAGAAUUGACCUCAAAGUGUAAAUAGGAUAAUUUGGGUCAAAGUCAGUCUCUUACAAAACAGAUUUGUGAGAUAAUUAGGAACAAAUUGUAUGUGAUGGAAUGAAGGGUCCCAUAAACUCAACCCCAGGAUAACUGUUAUUGCAAACCUGUCCACAGCUGGAAGCGCCCAAGUAAUCAUUCAUUUGGCGCGCAGCUGCACGCGACCUGAUAUAAUGUCCAUGUUGAAUUUGGUUUGACAUUAGAUAUCCUUAUGAGGGUAGUUGGGGACCAUCAGUGAAUUACACGAUGUACAUGGGACAAUAUUUUUUAAAUGCAAAUAGCUCCGAAUGUCAAUGACUUGACCUCAAACCAAGUAUAAAUUGUUGAAAUUCAUGUACAAAUAUUCACAGCAAUUAAUGAGACAAAAGGUGUGCAACAAGAAAUUUUGGUUCCAUUUAUAUAGUGUAAUUUAUUGACAGUCCCUAACUAGCCCCACAGAUGGGCUAUCCAAAGUCAAACCAAUUUUGCCAAGGUCUCACACCAGCUAGCUGAAGCUAAUUGGCAAAUUAAGUUGACCAGCUUGCUAGCUAGGCUAGGCUACUUCCAGACACAAUACCUGGUUACACUGUUUCAAGUUAUCUAUAAAAGGUGAGUGACUGUAACUGUGUACUGUUCCGGUAGAGUGAAAGUGCAAACUCUUCCCAUGUUCAAAACACACACUAGACACCCACAUCAAAGCACACCCCCAAAACCCAAAUCUCGUUUUCAGUCACAUUUCCUAAUGAGGAGAAUUGAAACCAAGUCUAAAUCAGGACAUUCAACCCCUCUUAAUGUUUUCCUUGAUUUCUAAAUGCAGUUGUCUUACCCCGACCAACAUUUAUGUAUAUGGAUAGUUUAAUGUACGUAAAAUAUAGUGCUCCUUACUGUAAUCCAUUCCUUUCUGCUCAAUGGUAGUAUCUCUUGGUGUUUUAACAAAAUAAUCAAUUAUGUGUUUCAGAAUUCCAAUUUAAAAUUGUGUAUCUUUUAUUUUUAUUAAAUGAUCUGUCUUGAUGCUGAGCCCUCCACUGUCUUGUCUUAACAAUCCGUCUUUAGUGUUUUUAACUAUGUUUUCGCUGUUGACAAAAUGGUUUUGAUCACCGAAAGAGUGCUAGAGGAAGCGUCAUUUCUUUAUUCCAAAACUGCCUUAUCCACUAGUCCUGCAAAAAUAUAGCAAAAGUAAUUGACAAUUUACAUUCCAAAAAAUACAUAAAAUACUGUAGCUUAUCUUGUGCUUAUGCAGUAUGUGUGUGUGUGUGUAUGUGUGGUAACAGUUAAGGUAGUAUUGUCCUUGAUUAUGCAUGAUGAAAAAAAGUUUUGUUUACAGUCCGCUCAGAUUCACAAAAAAUGACGGUGUCAAAGUUUGGAUAAGUACAGUUUACAAAACCCAUUCCACUGUUACGUGUCUUAAGUGUGAAGUCGUACUUUUAACUGUUAAGUAGCAAUAUAGUGUGUGUCAUUUGGUGCUUGUUUAUAUAAUAUUGUAUGUUGCAAAACCUGCACUAUAUCCCGCAUAUCAAAGACCACAAGCACUAUAUGAUUUUAUUUUUCUUCUUCUGUUCGAUGUCUUAACUGGAAUGUAGUACAUUUAGUGCCUUUUGUAUUUCAUCUACCAUCUUGAACACCUGCUCUCGCUCUUUAAUUUUUUUUCUAAUUUAUUUACUUCCUUCAUUGUAUGUAUGUUUUUUUAUACAUAUAGAAAAACAUAACCCUCUGUAUCUGAUGUUCAAAUGUUAUAUAAAAGCCAUUUCCUGA